AUGAGUCACAGCAAGACAGGAGGGGGAGGGGACCUGGAAGAAAUCGAGUUGGAACGGACUUGCGAACUUUGGCUGCCCUCGGAGAUUACCUCUCAUUAUUUCCUGCAUAUGUGCGUGCUGCAGCCUCCGUUAGACUGGGAGCGCCAUGAAGGCAAGGAUGGAGGGGCGGGGAGGAGCAAGGUGCACCCGAAGGAAUCCGAGGAAGGCCUCGAGGCUCUGCCAGCUCGCGCUCAGAGCAGCCGGGAGUGGAGAGGGAGAAAGCACGUUAUUAACUACCAGUCGUUCCCCCAGACCCAUAAGCCGGCGCUAGCGGACACAAUGAAUAGGUUCAGCCUAGCGCGGUCCUCCCAGGGCCGAACCUCCUACCCUUCCCAAAAGAACGCCGUGGGCAGUGCGGAAAACCCCAUGAAUGGGUCCGACCCCUUCUUAAAUUUGUCUUUGGACAGCACUGACUCAGAUAUCAUGAAUGACCCCAAGUACGACAGCAGCUGGUUUUGGUUCGCUUCCUCACUGUGGGCCUCACAACGGACUGAGAAAACGCAGAGCCAUUUUGCGCUGCAUCCGCAAUCCAUCUGGAUGUCCAUGUGCCCUCUGUGCGCUGGCCAAGGGCCAGAGUGGGCUCGCGUGGUCCAGGAACCCCCGUACUCGAUCCAGAUCCAACCGUCUGACUACCCUCUGGGAAGGAAAGUCAUCCAACCCACCUUACCGUCAUGGCAGCCCAUGGACUGGGGCGACCCCUGGGCCCACCGACAGUCAUUUUACCACGGGUGGGUAAGAGGCCAGAGCCGGCAGGUAGGGGUGGAGGGAGGAGGGUGCAUGCAGCUCCGCCCUUUCCCCCCAGGGCUGCUGCUGCUUCUCUCCAACCCCUUCUCCUCCUGGCCGGCUUCACCCACAUCCAUCCCCCACCCCACCCCCGUCCCCCAGGACUCCAGGCCCCUUCUCCAAGCUCUUGCGCCAAGCAAAGGGCUCCCCGGGGAGCUGCAUGCGCCCUCCCUGCCACGAGUCCUUUCUUCAUCCACCCGCAGCUAUCGCAGCGGCAAGGGGAUCCCUUCCCGAAGGAGGGCAUUUGCGCAAGACCAGGAACUGCUGGCAGCCUCAGUGGGCAACUUGGACUGGCUUCAUCAUUGCCUGAAGCACCAAAAGGACAUCCGCACUGACCGCAGGGGCUUCACAGCUCUCCACCUGGCAGCUGAACGUGGCAACCUGGAGUGCGUCACGGUGCUCGUGGAACAGUACGAGUUCCCCCUGGUGAUGACCACCAUCAAGGGCUGGACUCCCCUUCACCUGGCCAUUAACAAGGACAAUCCAAGCGUGUCCCUUAAGUGUGUUCAGUACCUUAUCGAGAAGGGAGCCCCAGUCAAUGUCCGGAAUCGAAAUGGCAUUACCCCCCUGCACUUGGCAGCUGGGGAGGGCAUGUUGGAGUGCUUAAAGGUCUUGGUGAAAGCUGGAGCUGAUGUACACGCCCUUGACAACCAGAACCGGAAGGGCAUCGACUUGUGCAGGGCAUGGAACCACCGAGACUGUGCCCGGUUCUUGAAGGAUGCCAUGUGGAAACAGGACAAGAAAGACUUGGCUGAAGAGAUGGGUCAGCUGAACCAUCUUAAAAAGCGAUUGCUGGUCAUGCAGAAUAAAUACCUCCUUGAAAAGAAGAAAGAGAGGGAGGCCCAGAACCAAGCCGCCUUCACCAAAUGGCUCCAAACCAAGCCUCUCUCCAGGUUGCCCAAGAUUAAUACCGUCGAGUCCGCGCCGGUAGCCAAGGAAUCCGCCCCGGUUCCGAAGGAGCUUCCCCCGGUCACGAAGAAGCCUCCGCCGGUCACGAAGAAGCCUUCCCCGGUUCCGAAGGCGGCACCCCAGGCCAAGAAGUGCCCGCAGGUUACCAAGCCGCAGCCCCCGCCCAAGCCCCACCCGCCCCCCAAGCGGCUCUCCGUUUGGACUCCCCCCUCCCGGCGAAGAUUCCGCGCCUUGAGGAGAAUCAAGGCCCCUUCGGACAUAGUCUCCCCCUUAACCAUCCUUCCUUCUCUGAGCCCCCUCAUUCCGAGUCACCCGUCCGCUUCGAGGCCUGGCUCCCAGUUCAGCUCCCGGCCCCCAUCCAGCCCCCCGGCCCCGCCCGGCGCCCGCUCGCGUUCCAGCCUCUCGGCCCCGCUCGGCCCCGGCCCCGGCCCCGGCCCCGGCCCCGGCCCCGGCCUGCGGGCCCGCUUCCAUUCUCUGCCUAGCCCCUCGUCCCCUUCCUGCGUCCAGCCCUCUUUGGAGGGCCGCCUCCAAGGCUCCCCCCUGCUCCACUCCCUGUCCUGCUCCGCGCCAAUCUUCUGGCACCGCUCCAAGUCUUCCCUCCACCAGUCCCGUGCGUCCUUGCGCCAGCCGCCGGAGCAGAAGAUCUCCGACUCCUCCGAAACCUCGGCCGCCAGCCCUCCGCAGCACCCGGUGUCCCUCCUGGACAUCUACCUGGCGGACAUCCCCCUGAGGCCUCCCCCGGCGCGGCUGUCCUCGCAGUCCUUCCGCGCGGCCAAGUGGAACUCGAGCACCAAGCCCGAAGCGUGGCCCGUCACCCAGAUCGCCUUCCCGCAGGGCGUGCGCCUGGGCGUGCAGCCGGACCCGGUGCCCGAGCCCGACUUCUGCGGCUACCUCAAGUUCUCCCCCGACGGCGAGGGCGGCGUGCAUAUCCAAACUGCAGACGGCCAGUGGGUCUUCCCGGUGCCCCGCCUGCCCUUCAAGGUCCUGUUCCAAGAGCUGUGCCCGAGCCGGCGGCACCAGCGCCUGAAGGUGCCGGAGGGGCUGAGGCGCAUCGUCCUCCAGGACCUGCCCCGGAGGCGCUACCCCGGGGACCAGUGCUUCUGGACCGACUCCAUGGCCAUGAGCCUCCGGGACACCUUCGACCCAGCCUUCAUCUCCUUGGUGCGAAAGCACCAGGGGCUUCCUGCCCUCUCCCCCGCCUCCCCCAGCUCGUCGUCUUCCUCCUCCUCCCCCACCUCCUCAAUUGCUCUCAGACGGUGCUGGGCCCUCCUCUUCUAUUCCCUUAAUGACCCCUCCUCAUAA